AUGGUGCUCACCAAUUUGUUGAUUAUAAUCUCAGCAUCUCUGGCUGGUUUGGCGCUGAUCGAUCAUGCCAGGAUGAUGACACGGGCUGCCAGCACCUCUGCUCACCUCUGGGAUCCUAAGCAUAAACAGAAUGGAUUAGCCCACGACCCCUUUGAAAAUCUGACAGAAAAAGGCGCCAACGGCCCCGGCGGGUCCUCCUACUUCUCUGAUCUGGUUCACCUCAUGAAUGGCUAUGGGUCACAUGAGUGUCAUGAGAUUCCUAAGAAAAUGAAACUCUGCACAGGCCUCGGCUACAACAUGAUGGUGCUGCCGAACAGUCUAGAACAUGCGAGGGUUGAAGAGGUGAUUGCCCAGUCGGAGGUCUGGCUGACGCUUGUCAACAUUGGCUGUCACGAGGAGCUGCGCCUAUUUCUAUGCUCACUUUAUGCUCCGAUUUGUAUUGCGGAUCAUAAAGAAAAGCUGAUACAGCCGUGCCGGGAUCUGUGCGAGAGCGUGAGAGGUGCCUGCUUACCGAUCAUGUCAAAUUUCGGACUUCGUUGGCCCGACAUGGUGACGUGUUCCAAGUUUCCUCUAGGUCAAAAUGAGGUCUGCAUACCUUCCAAGAAGCAGACAAGUAAGUGCUGAUUUAUCAGGUGUCUAUUUUACUGUUUCCGACUGCCCGAACAAAGCUAAUCAGGACUAUGCGCAUCAAUGCGUCUGUGAAUAGGAAAUGAAACUCAGUUCAGAGUGUCAUGAAAUGUUGUGCCACGCUUAAAGUAAUUUCCCUUAAGUAGCUGGCCUUGGCUUAGCAAGGACAGGCUUACAGAUGUGCAGCAGUUCUGAAACGAGGAUAUAGGUGUUCUUAAGGGGAAGUAAUAACUGAUGGUAUGAAAUAGAAAUAGAAACACUAGCGGGCCUUGUUUUAGUUAAAUUUGCCGGAUUUCUCUUUAGACUGUUUAGAUGUCAUCUAGACACAAAAAAUGUUUUUCAUUUAAAGCAAUAUUCUUCCGAGCUAGAGCAGAAACUGUUCAGGAGCACUGCCCUUCAGAGUCACAAAAUUAAGAAAUUCGCCUCGAAAAACUAAUUGAACGUUAGUAAUUUGUAAAAGGUAAAAUUGCAUUCUCAAAGUAACUAUUUAAGAAAUAACCGAAUUAUCUUAUUUCGCACUAGUAUGAAAACAUUGUUACUGCCAGUUAAUGUAUGAGGAAUAUUUUUUUAAUGUGAAAAAAUGCUCAGGCGAUUUUGGUAAAGUAAUUUAGAGAUAAAUGUAAAGAUCAACUGACACUGGUCUCUCGCAUUCGAAAGCCCUGUUAAUCAACCAAGCCUCUUCAGUAAACAGCGUCACUAUUCAUGAAGCUUUUCGGUGUAAUUAUGGCUUUUUUCACACUUUUCUGACAGUCGGCAGUGUAAUGAUUUCGAAUUCUCGGUAAUAUUUUAUCCAUCACGUGCAGAUUCUAAUAGCACUCAUUUUCGCAUAUUUUUUUAAUGAGCUUUACAUGCAGAUUUCGCAUACGGAUCUUAUUACGACCUCCUUUAACCUGAUUAUUUAUCAGGCCUAUUUUGCAAUAGAAGUCAUAAAUAGACACUUUAGAAAACUGUGCACGUUCCUAGUACUCACAUUCUUCCCUGAACACACUUUCCCUGAACAGUAACAGUGGACUGUUUAUUUGAGAACUAUAAACGUGCAAGGUGUUCUGUCCAUUUUAGGAUGCGUGGAAGCUCACGAUACACACUUGAUUAAAAAUGCGCAAAACUCUCCGAAGAGGGAAAGAUAAAGUCAGAACGGGUCACCGUUAGCUGAUAGGCCACCAUGUUUAACACGAGGCAUUAUAAAGUGACGAAGCCAAACUAGACUUCCGUUGAGCCAAAAGAACGGACAUUUUACGCAAUGUUGGAAUUUCGUAUUUUUCACUAGUCAUAAAAAGCGAAUAUUCAUCAGAGCCCCCGGAGCAGUGUGCAAGCUUGGCAAACACAUACUGAUAUGGUGCAGCAUGGCUCCAUAUGGAUGCAUAGGCCGUGUGUGAGAGAGAGUAGUAAUUUUUCUGCGAUUCGACCUGACUUGAGCCUGAAAACAUAAAUUCAGUACUCUUUUCUUGCCUGUCCGAUAUCCGGCAGUACUAUGUAACAUCCCUGAUAGAAUCAGUAUCAUGCUGGUGUGCAAGUCAAUUGUGCGAUUUUUCUGAAAAUCAGCAGAACGUUUUCUCCUAUAGAAUUUGCCUUAAAGGAUGAAAUAUUUUAAACAGUUCAUCAUGAGAAGCGGUUACAUGACGAAAACUUUAGCCCCCGAAGGAAUAGACAAAUAACUUUUCGUUGGAAUCGAGGGCUUUUCCUAAUAAGGUAUAAACUGUAUUUUAUGGUAAAUAAUACGAUGUUUGCUAACAAAGGCAUUUUCCGAAAAUUCUUAGGUCCAUGUAUAUUUUUCCCUUUCGUCAAGCGGGAGCAUUGGAUUCCGGUAGAUAGUGGCAGUAACAAACGACUCAAAAAGGUAGUGCGUCCGAUGCACAUGAUAGGUGACAGGAAGCUGGAGAGGAACUAACGGAAGAAGCUAUCAGAAACUCCGUUAGCGUCUCGAAUACUAUUAAAUAACGUGCGAUUUCGUAAACAACUACCAAUGAAAGCAAAAUUUAAGAGUCGUUCACUCAAACCUGUCUUCCGAAUCCAUUGUUUGAGAAAUUCACAUAACCUCCCCUAUUGCGACCUUCUUCGCAGAUGACAAACGGAAGUGAAAUCUUCAGCUCAAAUCAAUAACUUUCUGUUCGUUUUCACCGUAAAUCAAUCGGUAUGACGUUUUCUGUGCUAUGAGCGUAUCUGUUGGUGCGCCUGAAUAAAAUUUAUGUGAUGAGACAAUGAGAGUUAUUAUAAUUGGGCGAUCCUUGGAAAAUAAGUCAUUCUGGUCAGAAUAGAACUAAAUGGAACAAAAGGAGCAAAAAUAUGUGUUUUCCGAAUGAAUUGAAAAAAAUGAAGUACUCAAAGCCAAUGAUGGGUCAAGAACCGUCGCCCGACCCCAGUGAUAUCUGCAGUUCCACCUCACUCUAUAUCUUGAAAGGGCAAGCCGAAACAGAGCACAAAGCACAGGACUUACCUGAUAUGAUAUCAAGCAGCGCCCGCUAUCCUUCGCAUUCGGCGUACAUAGAGGACAACUGGCAUCAUGAAGCGUCCCACCAAUGCGGUCGAAAGGAAACACCGUUGCCCUAUGUGACAGGGCACAACAUCACACUAGGACGUACACUGGCCUCCGAGAAUGUCGAAGGUGUUGUCAGGUGGAGCGACUGCACAGUCACAGGACAGUGGACGCCAGAUAUACAAUCAUAGUAUUAUCCACAGACCGUUGCAUUACGCUGUCCGACGUUAAAUACUGUAAACUAAACCAGGAAGUCUAAAGCGGACAGUACACGGCCACCACAACAACACCGACGCUGGCAAUGGAAAAAUACCUUUGCGGAUACAAACGUGGGUGAUAAAUGCACCAUAGCGUUUAACGGUCGUCCAUACCUCACGCCAACAGGUCUCAAGUUACACACGGGGGGUCGCUCCGGUGAAAUACGAAGCAAUCGAAAAGAUAAUGCCUAAUUUCCUGAAGAUGUUGAAAAAAAUUCACACACUAUAUUCUUCCAGUAUCCAUGACUAUAGCUGUUUAUGUUCUGGAUGUUAGGAAAAUAAGCUUCUCUUUAAUCCUUAGUACUGACAACGUCCAAUGCAUGACUGCCAUGUGAGGUGUGGACAAUUAAAUACGGUGAAAUCAUUCCCAAUGACUAUCUAAAAGUUCUAUUUUGGUGGAAAAGUGUACAUUUAAGCACAGGGCCAGUGCAGUCGUGUUUGACCUGGCUGAUAAAUUACUAUAAUCUUGUGACACUGUUCGAAACGAAGAAUAUGCGAACUUGCCCAAAAUAGUGAACUUGGUUUUUAUUUAGGAAAGCCCUUUAUUCAAUGUUGCAAUUAGUGUGAGCGUGUAAGGAAAUUAUAGAUUGACUUAUUAAAUGUACCCCGGAAUCAUUCUAGAGAGAACUUUUCUAUCAAUGAUCGCCCCACUAAAUUGCAACUCAAAUCGCGUACAUACAUUCAGAGACUUAUCGUUAAUAUUAUAUAAGGAAGUUGAUUGUAAAAGGAAUCAGAGUUAUGCAGUGCCAGUCCAAUGUUGCCUUGACGUUACUCGUUAACCCUAGCAAGGAGUUUAGGCGAAUCCCUAGUAAAUUGGUAGACACUGUUUUGAAAGUUCUUAAUAGUGUUUUGGCAGAGAGCUUGGCCUAGUGCACAGAACGAUUAUUACACAUGCUUGCUUGCACGCGUGUGCGCAAAGUGGGCAUCGAAACAAUCAGGCUACCUGGUGAGGGGGGGAGCCUGCGAGAGUGCUCUUAGUAACAACAGCCCCAUCAACAGCAUCAGUAGCAGACAGGCCGGACGAUAGGGUGGCCUCAAUCUGGUAAUGAGGCGGUUAGACAAAGGCUUCACUGCGGCAAUUGUUGGGCGCUAAGAUCACAGACGCUAAGGCAGCUGCUCCUGUACAUCAACUGCCGUAAGCGACAGUGGGGGAAGAAGAAAAUGCAAAUGUACACCAACUCUUGCUUUUUCGUAUGCGUGCGGACAAGAGGAGGAGGCGGAAGAGGCGGGGAGGAGGAGGAAAAUGAAGAAAAGGAGAGCGCAGGGAGCUGAAUGUAUCUGUUAGGUCGCAUACCCCCAGAGCUCUUUGAUCAGGAAAGAUUCCUUCGUAAGGCGAUAGGGGCUGUCAUUAUAUCGCGCUAAUUGCGUAAUACCCUGGUUGUCUCUGGAGACAGUUAAGGUCAAAAAAUAGACUUCUAUCCGGGUAAGAUGAAAAGGUUGGUCAAGAAGAACAAACGAAUCCGGUAGUUGUUAUAUGCACUUCUUCGCCUUCUUCUCAAACCAUUCGAGGGUGCAGUCUGAAUGGGUGCGGUUCGCUUUCAUCUAUGGACAUAUAGAAAUCUCGUGCACAUUUCGCUUUUUAUGAGGAAAACUAGGAGAUCCCUGCUCUCUGAAACCUCGAGUAUGAAAUGGCUCCUUGAAUAAGGCAUAAUUUUGUCGGUUCGGCACCGAAAAAAGAUCUAGCAAUAGAUGGUUACAUCAUUUCCAUUAAACUCUUACGUUGUUUUGUCAGCGAUAUUUGGAGUACUUCUCGAUUUAACACUAAGAAUACUGAAACUGUGCUUUGAUUAGCAUCAAACUAAAACAGAAAUCCGAGUCAGGUAAGAGUUAUCUGCAGUACGGGAUACAUAAUAUGAAGAUUUUGUUGGAAGAAAACUUGUAUCUUAGCAACGGAUGCAUUGGAAAUUCAGCCUCUCAGGACCUCGCCACACGCUGUUAGUCUGCGAGGAUUUGUUGUUGAGACUGAGUGCUUCAAAAUUGUUCUAUGACGGAAGAACCAGUUCCUGUAAAUGCCGGAAAUCCACGAAGCCCAACUAUAUUGCAUCAACUGUAGACGGACAAACAGUUAGCGGUCUUUGAGCCUAUUGUAAAACCAACGGAAAGAGUCCUUUGUGCAAUAAGAAAAGUCGAUAGGCUAAAAAACAUAUUCUCUCAAGUAGUUAGGAAAGUCCGAAUUAAAACUUGUCUUUCAGUGUAUAGCAGUCUUUUUCUCCCAGAUACGUAUGAUUUGACAAUCAGUUUCCUAUAUUAAGUACCGAAUUCGACUUAUUAUGACGUUUCUAAGAUAAACUAAUAAGGCAAUUUCCGGUAAACCACAGAGAAGUUUGUAAAUUCGCGAACGGUUAACAGCACAACUGAAAGCCUACAUUACUUGGGGAGGUUCCGCAUUGUCUAGAUCCUAGUUCUAAAAUUUUUAAAAAGUCUCUUAUUCUCUCCUGACUGUCCUUCGGAAAGGUGGUUGCCGCAACGUAAGUAAGCAAAUGUUUAAUGAUCGAUUAUGCUUUAGCACAAACCCUCUAGGAUUAAGUAAGACGGAAAAGCACUAACAGAUUUCGCUACUCGUUGGUAUCUCCUGCAAAAUUUUCUGUCCGCACUGGAAGUCUAAUACAGAAGAGCAAGACUAGUUUUGAUGAAUUCCAGCAUGACAUUCUAAAUGCUGCACUGCUGUCUUCUUCACCCAUGCUAACCUUCACUCCUCUAUUCCUACAGAUAAUGGAUCUGCUCCAAUUCAGGAUACUUUGAUUAGUUUGCCGAAAAAUCAGAAUUCAUUUGAGUUCUGCAAGUCUUAGUGAACGAUAAGCCGGUUUAAAGGACUUAACCAUGAGCGAAAUGAGACAUAACAUUAAUUGACUUCCACGCUUUUCUCAGAUACGGAUAUAGUACCGUCAAAGGUAGAAUACCCCCUCUCAAAAUACAAAACAUAAAGAAGAUAUAAGUCUUUACAAAAAGCCUAUGUAAAAUAAAUUCUUCCACUUCUUCCUGCUAAAUAAUAUUUAAAUCAUAUAGACUAACAAACGAUGAACAAAUAUACAUUCCUUAAAUAAUGUUCUCAUAUGGCUGGAAAGUCGCUCGUUCAAAAGCCAGUAAAUGUUGCAAGUAACUCCUGGUUAAACUUCCGUUGUUUCAGGCUCGCUACUCACAUCUAACUAAUCUUUUUCAUGUGUACACCCUUUAAAAAAUCCAGCCAGCCUUUUAGGAUUUUGAGAGCAAAAUUAGAACCACUUUUCCCACAAGACCAAAGUACACACCAGUCGAUGACUCAUGGUGCAUUCUGGCGAACUUCUAGCAGCCACUAAGGACUGCCAGACAGUCUCCACUUACCCAUCGUUCGGUGCACUGUUUGAUGCAUGCUGUUUUCGUGCCAUGCAGGAGGAUCCAUUAUUUAAGCCCUCCCAACACAAGUUCAUUAGGUUUUUGGUAAAGCUAGCCGCACGUGGUACUCGAUGCUGUCGCAAUCUGCCAUUUAUCCUUUUGGCAUGGAAGUAAUGUUAUGCUUUCUCUGUAGUAUUAAAUAUGUAUUAAGUAACAGCAAUUUUCAGGGCGCCCUUGUUCAUUUGCAGUUGUGACUUGAACGACUCUGAUAUGCAAUAAGAUGAAAUAGAUAUUAAUAAAUGCGUGCUAUCCCAGGUGAGGUUGUUUUGUCAAAUGUCGGUGCAUAUAGUAUUUUCAGAUGGAAGAAAUAUAUUUUGAUCUAUGGAUCAUCACGUCGAAAUUCUUAAAGACAAAGGGUAAGUUGCAUAUACUCGGCCAAUUGCCAUGAAGCCUUAGUGGUCCUCCAAUUCUCCUAUCAUUAAAUAGCCGUAAGUUCAUUGACUUACCAAAACGCGGAGUUUACACCUGAGGAAAAUAAGGCUAACAUUGAAGUGGUGAGGAUACGCGGUGAGAACCUUUUGGUGGUGUUGUUAACUGAAAUGACCUUUGUUUAAAUAGUCCCUUACUAGGAAAGACAAAUAUCAUGAUGGUAUGGGGCGCUCAUCGAUCCUUCUUACGGAAGUCACUCGCUCCGUUGUGCCUUACGGGCUCUCUCUCGAGCCCAACCAUCAGCCGCACAACGGCGCAUGUUAUAGGCAGUGUGUUAUUACCGACAAAGGCAAGGGAGACGGGAAUGGCCGUUUCUGGUUUAUUUGCCGACGUCAGCCAGUCAUACCCAACCCCGAAGUGUGGAACACCCGAGGCUCAAAUUCGCGAACGGUCAGUUAGAAACCCACGCCUCUAACCACUGAACCACGAGCCCGUUGCCCUGUCGAAACCGACCGGCGCGUAUUUUCAGAUCCUUAGGUCUUCAAAAAAUGCCAAACAUUUAGUUCAGGGUGGCGGAAAAAAGCAAAUGCAUUUUCGUCUGUUGAGUGAUAUUUAUUGGGUAUUUUUGCUUUCAGUCUAAGAGUAAAGUACUGCCGGAUCGUUGCCUCCCAUUGUUAUUACCCAAUCUUACCAAGUUAGCAAACAUCUGUGCCGCCAAAUUUAGUGCGCCAAUAAUGAACAACACAGACAAAACACUGGACAAACGACCUCGAAAUAAAGUUGACUCUCAGACAUAUCGACUGUUUACGGACUUCCACUCCCUGUUUUGGCCUUCUUCAUUCGUUUCUUUAGCCUAUAUUAAUCAUUGAGAAUGUAGUCACCGGUUGUGAUAUUUAUCGCCAUGUAGGCAACAGAAAAUAAGCUAUUAGAAGAAACGGGAAUUUCAUAUUAAUGCUAGGAAAAUAUGCUCCAUAAAAUUGUCUAAUAACUCAGCAAACUCCAAUAUUUGAAAUCUUUUUUGACUGUUGGCUUCCCUUAAGUUUGGCUCACGCUAUGCCACCAUGAUAGUUCAAAAGGUAUGUUACCUUAGAUUUCCGCUCUACGGACAAAAUUUCUUACGUUCUCAUUGAAGAGCAUACGAAACUGUAGUAAAAACUAAACUCAUUUUCGGUUUUCAAAGUAACUGUGAAAAACACCGCAAAACCUAUACAGGGCCGCGUCUCGGCGACUUUCACUGCAGAUCUGCGUCCAUAAAGGCAAGAGAACCUGGAUAGCACUGUAAAACCACCAAAUAGUUAUUCUGAAACUACGCUUUCAGAAAAAAGAUAGAAUUGCUGCAGCAAUCCGGGUUUGCACUGCACCGUGCUAGAAGAGCACAGCCUAACUGAUGCUUGAAUCUAAGAACAUAUUUCUGCAAUGAUUUCACAUAGAUAAUUAGGCAGCAGCGCCAGCAGGCCAGUAUUUCGCGAAGAUCUCGUUGGUGGCACACCUUAUCAAAAAAAUUUCUUAUAAAUUACUUUAAACGUCACUGCAGUCCAAUAGAAUCCUUGUUUUCUGUUACCGUCUGUUAUUGGGGACUUCGUCAGAAGAGAGCUUAUGGAUAUUUUUUCGUGUUAAUAAUUUAAAUCAGAGGUUGUUGGAACAUACGGUUUUUGGGAAAGUAAAAAAAUGAGAUUGCACCCACGUCUUGGUGGCUAAACAUCUUAUCUUUUGAAAAAACACUAAAUAUUACCAGAGUAGCUAUGGAAUACAACCUUCAAAUCUUUCUAUCAAGUGUGAACGUCUUCCUUUUUAGUUUGUAGUCCAAAUGCCGGUCAGAAAGCUCACACCUAAAUACACUGGAAUUAAUAAGAAAUCGCACUAUUCCCAAAUGUGAUAUUCCUUCCAUGCCGAAGACAUCAGAUUUUGUGGCUUUUGUCCAUUUAUCAUUGAACACGGUAGAUGGCUAUAAUGAUGGACUCAUUUAAUCUAACUUAAAAGGGAUCAAUUUACGGAUUCUGGAUACGAAGUUUGGACGGUUGGAUUUAAGCUUUAACACUUAAUGUUCGGCUCUAUCAAAAUUUUAUCACAUUGGUUAUUUUUUCACUUUCGGAUCUUAUAAUAUCAACGAAUUUUGAACUGUUUUAGAACAACGAUGCUUUGGCUGUGUAGAAAAUCCGACAUAUGAAAGCGUCAUCGGAAGUUAUUGCAACUUUAAUACUGGUGAGCUUCCAAUAACCUAUGUUUCGGAUGAAACUUUUCGCUUAAUAGGAACUAUGAUUCAUUCUUAAUCCGUUCAGUAAAAUAUUACUUAUUACUGACGUGAAAUACUUCGAAUACAUAAAUAUUGUGUUAAUGGAUUCUAAAUUGAUACAAUUUUCAUGAAGGCAAUACAAUAAAGCAAGUCGACCAUUUAAAGGCUCGUGUGAUUUGGAUUUUUCUUUUUUCGGCUUUUCGUUUUAGGAAAGGGUACUUAGUUUUUUAUUCCUCAGAUAAUUGUCCAUUAAAAUUUUAGGUAUCACUAGACGACUAUAAUAUCCCUGAAUUUUGCCUGACUGAUUUAGGCCGGAUCUAAAGACAUCUAUUCUCAUUGACGUUAAACGAUUCAUCGGCUAUAUACGAAACAUGUCAUAAAAGCCAAGUUGAUAUUUCUCGGCUAACAGGCUUGUACUGAAAAAUCGGUUUUGGCCUGAAUGCUGUUGGUUUGGAAGACGACAACGAAUAGGCAGAGUAAGUGAGUAAUUUUUUGCUAGGCUUAACUAGACAUCUCCAUGCAUACAGGACGAAAUGUUCGGAAAGAUGGGUCAAAUAAUAUUUUGCAAAACAAGGUAAAUCGUGGUUAUAACGUUUGAGGACGAAAAGGGAAAAUAAUUUCAAUAACUUCCUGUCGUUGUGAAAGUAUAAACGAGAACACGCGACGUACCUGUCACUAGCGAGAGGCAGAUCUGUUAGCAGAAUUUAAUCCAAGGUUUGAUUCAAAAGACCUGCAUAAGUGCAAAUUACUGCACACUAAGCUUAUCACCUUCGUUAAUUUAAUUUUCCUUAAGUCUCUCGAACAUAGUUUGAAAUUGUAUUGAUUUUUAGUUCACCCACUACCGGAGUGUAUACAUGCACUCUCCAGGUUAAAUUCUACAAAAAUCGUGGAUUUGGAAACCCAGAACUAACAGUUCUUCUCUACAGUCACUCAUUAAAAGUUUAUUGAAGAGACCUCUUCAAAGUCAUAUUUAGUGACUUUGAGAGCUGAGCAUUGCCAUUCCUCUUCGAUCAAUCUACAAAAUCUUGAUGGGUUUGAGUUGAAUUAUGUCUAAAACGGUAAGCCAAGCACUUAUUAGAGGGAUAUUUGGCAAAAUUGAAGCAAAAUUUAAGAGCUGUAAAUUCUCACCUUGAAAUCUGCGGUUUACCUAAGUAAAUCGAAUAUUUUAAAGGCACAUAUUUAAUUCUACAUUUAUGUUUGUCACUUGAAGUUAAUUUUGCAUGAAAGAUAAAAUCUUGCCGUGUCAAAGGUGUCACGCUUCCGGCAACAUGUCUGAUAAUUUGAAGUUGCGAACAUAAUGUGUUCAUUUGUACGGUAUUAAGUCGACCAUCUACAAGGGAAACACUUAAAAGGCUAGUACUUUCAAUAAUUAAGUUGGCGACUAAACCUUGUUUAAAGCUUAGGAAUCAGACAUCCCCAGAUCGCAAAUAUUAAAGAGGAAUGAGGAUGGAUUACGGAUCAGCUGUCUUUCAGCCGUUAAAGUUUUCCGACUUCGUUUAUUUUUGCAAACCCAUGUUUAUUUAUUUCAUGAGAAUAAAUCGCUCGCACUCCAUGAAUAUCCCUGUACCGUUUUUCUUCAGUGGUCCGAGUAAAAGUACAGGAUCUUCAGACAAUAACAGACGGGAGGAAUGACAGCUACAUACUACGAGGCAAGUUUAGAGCGUUCCCCAACAAGCUGCCUGCUAUCAACGUCCCGGCCUCAAAGUUACAGUAUCGGGUGGACUGUGACUGCCCUAUCAUAAAGGCAGCCGCUAUGCAGCGAGGCGGAGCCGGUCGUUGGCUUGUGAUGGGGAAUUUCUCGGCAGACGGGAAUUUUGUUCAGGUUUGUCGACUUGGCUAGAUUUUGUGAGUUAUGGAGAAGUUCAAAUAGCAUGAUCAUGUGCGUACCAGUCGUUGAAAGGUAAAUGUUCCAUUCUUUAAACUUCUGGGCAUUCCUUUUUAGAGCCGUCAGCAGCUUAGUCUUUGACAUAGCAAAGUGAUACUACUAUAACCACGUCAGAGCUUCACCUGGUCCGCAGGGCUUUUCGAUUGUAUUCAACGUCCAGUGAACACAAAAUUAUUCAGAACAACCCGGUCCAACCCUGUUAUUAGAAACAUGUGCGGCAUUCAAACGCGGAAAAAUAAUAGCUUCGGUUAAUACAAACCAUUCCUAAUGACGGAGAGUCAUAUUUUGUUUCUCAGAAACGCCAUUUUUUAGGAUCCAUGGCUGAAAUCUUCAGGUGAGAUUAAAGUCUUUAGUAUUUUGACGAAAUAAGUGUGGAAUACUUCUGUGUGGCGAGUCUUCGCAAUUGACACCAGUCCUGCACAGUAGUGUGCCUGAUGUGGAAAGUAGGACUUGCGCCAAUGAGGUAAUGGCAUGCUUACCUGCGAAUUCGGUUGGCAGACUUCAGCAAAAAUCACGUGUGAACAGCCCACUUUUAUUUUUAAACCACAGGCCUGGGCACUCCUUAAUGUCCUGAAAUGGUGCAUCUUCUCUUCUUUUACAGGUUCAACAUUUGUCCCAAAUAAACGACAAGAACACGGACAUUAAAAGAGCCAUCGAAAAUAUUUGGUCCAGUGGGAAGCGGUUGUGUCAUGUGGAUCUGAUGAAUCCUCUAAAUAAUCAUUUCAGUCUUCCUCGACGUUCUCCUGGGAAUGGAACACAACGCAGCUCCAAGCAGGAACAAGCAAAAGGUAAAGGGAGGAGACGGCAAGGAAGAAACCGAAAUAACAGAAACCGUGGAAGAAGGAGGGGUGAAAGACGACGUGGAUUAGCACACAAGGGUUUCACCCAGACGGCCGAAGCCGGACAAUCUAAUAGUGAAUUGGAGCAGGGUGCAAAGCCUACAACCGUCUCACAGCACCGGCCAGUAAAUGACUUCCCCGUACGACAAAAUGAAGUUCCAUGGGAACAGAGAAAGGGUGGAUUCCUGUAUCAACCCUCACAUUCAGACACCAAGUCCCCACAGGGUUCACCUUAUCGCCCUUGGACUCCUGAUAAUCAAACUUAG